AUGCGGCCCACAGCCCACAUGCAGGCGCACACCUCGGGCGCGGCAGGCACGCACGCCUAUGCACAUGUGCAUGCUCACGCGCACGCGCAGCCGACUUCCUUUUCCAUGGCGCAGGGCGGCGGCUACUUUCAGGCCUCUGUCGCCCAGCACGGUUACCUCGGCUACGCACCGAUCCAGGGCCACAACUUUUUGGCUGACAUCCCCAACUGGCCCGGCCAUGCCAACAAGGCUGCUGCCGCCAGAGCCGUCCCGCUGCAGGGCGCGCAGGCCACGGCUGGCCCGCCGCGCCCGCCGACCGGCCCGGCCGCCGUCCCGCGCAAGUCGCGGUCAUGCGACCGCUGCCGCGCGUCCAAGCGCAAGUGUGUUGUCGACGACGGUGCUGCCGCCUGUCGCCGCUGCCUCGGCGUCGGUGCCUCGUGUACCUGGCUAGUGCCGCCGAAGAAGCGCGGCCCCAAGCCCAAGUCCAAGUCCAAGUCACAACCACAGCCGUCCGCGCCCGAGCUCUCGCUCAAGCGCAAGCGCGACGACGAUUCGCAAAUCGGGACGAUGGCGCUGACGCUCCGCGAGACCCGCGAGCCAAAGGUCCUCCGCACCCUCUCUUCGGCGGACGUCGGCCGGCUCACCGCGCUGCCUAUGCCCAUGCCUACUGUCCUCCCAGUCUCCGCCGUCGAACUCAACUACGCCAAGGCCUUCUUCGACCUCGACCUCUACCGCAUGCUGCCGUCGGUUCCGCCGGCGGCGACCAGAGCCGUGCUCGACAUCUGUUCGUGGGCACGGCCUGCGCAGCCGGGCGCCAUUGCGCCGUCGGUCUCGCCGGUUCUCGAAGUACUCACCCGCCUGGUCAUUGCCUGUGGCGCGCUCUCGCUCGGCGAUCUGACCUCGUCACGCGCGCUCUCGCGCAUGGCCUCGGACCGCCUCGGUGAGCUCAUGUCCCACCAUACGCCCGAGGCCAUCGCCUGCCAUCUCCUCUUCACGUUUCUCAACAUGGACGGCAGCUUGCCGCGCGCGCUCACGCACGCGCUCCUCGCCCGCGACCUCGGUGUCCACCUCGACAGCAAGGAGCCGGUCCCCGGCAGAAUGUUUACCACACCUGCCUCCCCCGCACUUCGUCUCGAGACAGUCUUUUGCGAAGCUGCCAUUCGCCAGUCCCGCCGCGUUGAGGCGAUGCGCUCCGACACAACCUUUUCCGCCUCGCCGGCCUCGGAGCCAUCCAGCCCGAUGUCGAGCUCGUCAAGCUCGUCGUCUUCGGUUAUGGAACCGUCGCCGUCGCCGGCCCCUAGCCCGGGCAUCGCCGCCGUCCUCCCCAUCAUCUCGUCGGUCAACAAGCUGAUGCAUGAGACCAACAUUCCGUUUGUCAUUGUCCUCGCCCGCAAGAUCGGCCUCGUCCCGAGUGACCUCAAUGACCUCAACGUCGAACACGCCAUCCCGGCCGCCGGGCCGCGCACCUUCAAGCUCUUUGCUGCGCUUCUCGGCCACUGCGACAUCGACCUCGAGUCGUCGUGGAAGCCAGUCUCGUUUGCCGACGCCACCUCGGACCUCCAGCGGGCCAAGCUCAAUCAGAUCCUCGACAAUGCGCCGCUGCCGGACAGCAUUGUCAACGACCGCCGCUCGUCGGCCGAGGUCAUUGGCGUCAUCCGCAGUGCCCUCGUCGAGUUUGAAGACACGCUCGAGACGCCCCAGCUCAAAGCAUCGUCGGCGCAGUUCACCCCGGUUCUCCCGCUUCUGGCCCCACUCCGCCUCGCGCUCUCCUCGAUCACCAACCACGCUGAAGACCUUAACUGCGUCCCCGACAGCAUCGAAUGGGAGAUGGUCGCCAUUGGCGAGGAGCUGCUCCGCGACUCGCAUGCGCUUAACGCCCGCCUCAACAUCCACCUCAAGACCCUCGCCCUCUUUACCCUAUUCUCGAUGAAGCGUGGCCAGUCGCGCGCUUGUGCCCAGCUUGCCCGCGUCCUCCAGCGCACUCUCCCGCUCUGCUCCUCGCGCGUCGCCAUGGCCCUCUACGUUCUCGUCAUCGACGGCUGGAGCGUUGAUUUGCUGUCCUCGUAG